AUGGCUGUCAUAUCGAAUCUUAACUUCAUCACUGGCAACAAAAACAAACUGGCUGAGGUCAGAGCGAUACUAGGAAAUGUAGUUGUGGUGGAGAGCCAGGCAAUCGAUGUGCCUGAGAUACAAGGGACCAUCGAGGAGAUCGCCAAGGAAAAGUCUAGACGCGCAGCAGAAGUGGUAGGAGGUCCAGUUUUGACAGAAGAUACGGCACUUGAGUUUCGGGCACUAAAGGGACUUCCUGGACCCUACAUCAAGGAUUUCCUUGGUGCACUAGGGCUCGAAGGAUUGAACAAAAUGCUCGACUCCUUUGAGGACAAAACAGCGGAAGCUGUUUGUACCUUCGCUUUUUGUCGCGGUCCUGGGGAAGCACCAAUGCUUUUCCAAGGUAGAACCGAGGGAAAGAUUGUGCGGGCCAGAGGCCCGUCGACUUUCGGUUGGGAUCCGAUCUUUGAAUACAAUGGGAAGACCUAUGCAGAGAUGGCCAAAGAGGAGAAGAAUCAAGUCUCUCACAGGUCCAAAGCUCUCGCCAAGCUACAGUGUUGGUUGGCGGAGGGACAAAUUUAG